GUUCGCUGAAUCGGGAAGAAAAACAAUAGCGCAGUAAAUAUCGGCAACUUUACCUCGGGACAGGCAGAAACUGCACUGUAAAUAAAACAAAAAUGACCGAGCUGGAGAAUGUAAAUCCAAAUGUGUACAAAAAGAGUGAAGAUCGAAAGCUCACGAAAGAGGACGAGGACGAGGAUGUGGUGGAUCCGUUCGAUGAGCGGGAAAUCUUCGACAUAAUCCGCAACAUCAACGAUCCGGAACAUCCUCUCACACUGGAAGAACUGCACGUCCUGGAGCAGAGUCUCAUCACGGUGGAUAAUGAGAAGAACAUCGUCAACAUCCUCUUCACACCGACCAUCCCACACUGCAGCAUGGCAACGCUGAUCGGUCUCUCGAUACGGGUGAAGCUUCUCCGGGCGCUGCCUCCGCGCUUCAAGGUGUCGGUAGAGAUCAACCCCGGCACGCACGCAUCCGAGCACGCGGUGAACAAGCAGCUGACCGACAAGGAACGUGUGGCGGCCGCACUGGAAAACACGCACCUGAUGGAGGUUAUCAAUCAGUGUAUCGGAACGCCGUUGAAAUAAACCGAACCGAGGGCCCUGUUCCUCCAAGGAA